AUGGACGAGGUGGCCCGAAAGCUGGAUUUCUGCCAGCAGUUCUCUGCAGCUCAAGCCCAGGAGACGAGGAAGAGGAGUCCUGAGGAUAAAGCUCCCGACGUUGGCGGAGGACGGCAGCGCCUGGAGUUUUGCCACUGGCCUUGCAAAUGCCCCGGGAGGCCCACCUGCCCUCCGGGGGUGAGCCUGGUAAAGGAUGGCUGUGGGUGCUGUAGAACCUGUGCCAAGCAGCAAGGGGAAACCUGCAACGAGGCUGACGUCUGCGACCCUCACAAAGGCCUUUACUGUGACUACUCUGCGGACCGGCCCAGAUACCAGGUUGGCGUGUGUGCGUAUCUGAUUGCUGUCGGAUGUGAGCUCAAUCGGGUACACUAUCGCAACGGUCAGGUUUUUCAGCCCAAUCCGCUGUAUAAAUGCCUGUGCGUCAGCGGUGCAAUUGGAUGUAUGCCCUUACUCAUACCUAAACUAGCCCGCAGUCACUGCCCUGGGACCGAAACGGGAAAAAAAUCGGAUCAUUCAACCUGUGACUCCGGAAUGUUACGGCAGCAGCUGUCCGCGACCUACAAGACAAUCCCAGCUUACAGGCAUCUGCGUCUCCCGCUGAUUUUGAAGAGGAGAUGCUUAAUUCAGGCCACAGCAUGGAGUCCUUGUUCUAGAACGUGUGGGAUUGGCAUAUCAAAUAGGAUAACCAAUGAAAACAGUAACUGUGAAAUGAGAAAAGAGAAGAGACUCUGCUACAUCCAGCCUUGUGACAGUACUAUAUUGAAGACUAUCAAGGUUCCCAAAGGAAAAACCUGUCAACCAACAUUCCGACCUUCCAAAGCAGAGAAACUUGCCUUUUCUGGAUGCGCCAGCACUCAGAGCUACAAACCAACUUUCUGUGGCGUGUGCUUAGACAAGAGAUGCUGCAUCCCCAACAAAUCUAAAAUGAUUACGAUUCAAUUUGACUGCCCAGAUGAAGCGUCGUUUAAGUGGAGGAUGAUGUGGAUCACCUCUUGUGUCUGUCAGCAGAUCUGCAGAGAUCCGGGAGAUAUAUUUUCUGAGCUCAGAAUUUUAUGAACGGGCUUGACGUGGUCAGCCGUCAUCUCCUCAAAGCCUGUUUCCUGAAAUUUCCAUCUCAAGUUUGCCCCUAAAACUGAAAAUGCACAAGUUGGUAUUGCUGAUGUGGACCUGCUCUUGGCAGACAUGAAGAUGCACUUGUGAAAUCUUCCCCCCGUGACAUGGUCGUGAUGGUAUUUAUUAAGUGCUUACUACUGUACUAAGUGCUGGGAAGGAGUAGACGAGUGAGAAAAAGACAUGGGAAUCGCUCAGGAGUAUUAAAUGUUUUUAUAUGAGUUAUUCUUAUACUGGGAAAGUGUAGCAAGGUUAUUGAUAAAAAUAAAAUCAGGCCCUAAUAUGUUGACUCUCACAAGGAUGGUGGAUUAUGUGCAGAACCAAGAAGUCUGCUGUGGUCUGCCCCUAAUUGUCAACAGAGGCGAUUUAAAAAAUAUAUUUUUUGAAAUUAUUUCCAGUAAUUCAUUGCACUAUGCAACAAAACCUGGAAAUAUCCACAGUCAGAUGAAGCACAAAAAAAACCCACCAAAACAUUUGGGUCAAGCUGACUCCCAGGAUUGGACUUUAAAAAUUAAGGUAAAUAAUCCUACAAUAAAAUACAUUUUUCCUGCUCUUUGCUCAUCUUAUAAUCUUUCAAAUUUCUUUUGCGAACUAAAGAAUAGUUCUUUUUUAAAGUAUUUCUAGACAUGGCCCGAUUCAAGAUCUUCCACACUUUUUCCCCCAGUAAGUUUUGUAACUUUGAUCAAAUGCUUGUUUGAAUGUCGGAUAAAUUAGUCCCUUUAAUUUCAGCGGUACUAAGAAAAAGAAUGAAAGUUCUGAACUAAGGAAAAUGGAAAAGCACUUAGUACAUUAUUUAGACUUGGAUAAAUAGAUUUUAGUUUCCAAGAAUUGCCUCAACAAAUAAAACUCAUUUAAAGCUUUGCAUUAUAAAUUAAAAAACUAUUGUAUAGUCACGCUAUAAUCGAAGUUCCCUUGAAGGACUCUUAAACUGCAGUUUAUAUUAAUUGUGAAGUGUCUAUUUACUGAACUACUCAGAGAUGUAACAGAUCCUGAACAGGUCAAGCUCGGCAGGUGUCUGUAUGGCUGUAUAUAUUUUAUGUGCGACAAAGCAAUACCUAAUAAAAGUUCAUACAUGCAAUAUUUAAUAUUAUUCAAUAAUUCAGUUUGAUAAAAAAAGCAGAUUGAAAUGGAAA